AACAAGUUUGGCCCCAUUGACCUAGACCUAUUUAAGUAUCUAUCUCCCUUGAGCCGAAACCACAUUCCCCCAAUUUCUCAAAGACGAUAAAUCCCUAAUUCCCCCCCCCCCCCCCCCCCCCCCCAAUCGAUUCGCACGAGCCGAUUUCUACAUCUUCUUCGAUCCAUCUUUUGAUCUUUCAUCUGAUUUAAUUGAGCUGAAGAUGGCGGACUCAUUGAGUAUGUCUCUAGAUGAAAUGGUUAAGAGGAGCAAGGCUGCUAAAAAGUCUGCUGGUAAAGGAGUUUCCCGAGGUGGAGCUAAAGGUGCUGGAAGAGGAGCUGGUGGACCUGUUCGCAGAGGUCCUCUUGCUGUGAAAGCUAGGCCGUCAUCAUUCUCUAACAAGCUUAACCGCAGGAAGAAGAACUUGCCAUGGCAGAAUGGUUUGUUUGAAGAAAGCAUGAGAUCUGUUGGAGUAACUGGAAUAGAGGUUGGAACUACUGUUUAUGUUACCAACCUUGAUCAGGGAGUCACAAAUGAAGAUAUCAGGGAACUCUUUGGUGAGAUUGGAGAGAUGAAAAGAUACGCAAUCCACUAUGACCAGAACGGGCGUCCAAAUGGCUCGGCAGAAGUUGUGUACAUGAGAAGAAGUGAUGCAUUUCAAGCUAUGAAGAGAUACAACAAUGUCUUGUUGGAUGGAAGGUCAAUGAAAUUGGAGAUUCUUGGUGGAAACAAUGAGGUCGCUCCUGUUGCAGCUCGUGUUAAUGUAACCGGAUUGAACGGAAGGAUGAAGAGAACUGUUUCCAUCGGACAAGGAAUUAGAGGUGGGAGAGGAAGAGGAAGAAGUGCAGCUCCUUCUAUGAGACGCCUUCCAAUUGGAAACCAACAAGGAGGUGGUGUGAGAAGUGGUCGAGGAGGGUUUCGUGGUAGAGGCCGAGGCCAAGCCGGUGGUGGCAGAGGGAAUAAAGGCGGCCGAGGAGGAAAGAAGGCGGUGGAGAAGUCGGCUGAAGAACUAGACAAGGAUCUCGAAACAUAUCACGCAGAAGCAAUGAACAUCUCUUGAGCAAACUCGAUGCCUCUGCAUCUUGCUCUGUGCUUUAUCCUUGUCUAAUGUUGUCUUUUCUUUCUCGAAUACGCUCUUUGCUAUAAUUUCUUUUAGGAUGCUCUGCUUUGGAUUGUUUUUUAUCGUCUCUUUUAACAGUCACCUUGGUUGAAGUUUAAA